AUAUAUCUGCAUUUGUGUACCAGCUUCUCCAUAUAAGCUCUUCUUCAAACACUUUAAUUUUGUUUUCAGAAGGUAACCCUACUGAGAAGUGAAAACCCUUUCACUCAUGAUGUAUGUGAGAACCCUCGAACACCCUUCAUCACUGAGAACCCUCUCUCCCAGCCUUCUAUCGCACCCUCUAUCACAAGCUUCCUCCUCAGAUUCGCAACCCUCGCACCCGCUCUCGCAACCCUCCAUCAAAGCUGCCUCUGUCGGCGCGCCCUCCGUCAGCAUGCCCUCUGUCAGCGCGCCCUCCAUUGGUGCGCCCUCCCUCGGCAAUCACUCUAUCUCGCAAACCCUCUCACUAUCUUUGUUGCCUCUCUCUCGCUCUUCCCUCAAUCGUCGCUGACUCUCCCUUAAUCGGUGCUCAACCCUCACCAUAAACACUACAAGCCUUAAAUAUCGGUUGAACAUUCUGCAGGGCAUUAAAGGUGAAAACAAGAAUUCAAAGAAAUCGCUGAAGAUGUGGUUAUUGAGAAUGAAUUUGAGAAAGAGCUACUUGCUGAUGUGAUUCCUCCAAGUGAUAUUGGGGUCACUUUUGAUGAUAUUGGGGUUUUAGAAAAUGUGAAGGACACCUUGAAGGAGUUGGUCAUGCUUCCUCUACGGAUACCUGAACUUUUUAGCAAAGGACAGUUGGCUAAGGUGGGGACUUCUAUCUUUUCUGUCUUUUCUCUAGCCAGCAAGAUUGCCCCAAGUGUUAUUUUUGUCGAUGAGGUCGACAGUAUGUUAGGAAGACGUGAAACUCCUGGGAAACAUGAGACUAUGCGUAAAAUGAAGAAUGAGUUCAUGAUGAAUUGGGAUGGUCUUCAAACAAAAGAUAAAGAGCGUGUAUUUGUUCUCGCUGCUACAAAUAGGCCCUUUAAUCUUGAUGAGGCUGUUAUUAGGGGGCUUCUAAGAAGGUAAAAUAUGGCAAGAAAACCAACACUUGCAUUGAGAGUUAUACUUGUGGAAGGGUCACAGCAUUCGCUAAAAUAGCCGACGCAAUGAAGGCUGCAGGUGGUGUAAAAAUGGGUGCAGCUACGACUGCAAUGAUAGUAGUAGCAACUGCAGCUGUGAUAGUAGUAGCUACGACUGCAAUGAUCAAAACAAUGAACAAAAGAUGCUCCUCAACAGUCUCCAAAAUAAUGUAUCUUUAUCUGUUUUUGGAUUUCUUUAUGUAGAUUAGUUGAAUGUUUUCCGAGUUUUAUGGUAACAAAGAGAGCCAUUUGUGGAUUGUGAUAUUGAGAGAUGGUGAAUAUAAUGACCACUUCAAAUGUUCUGUUAGAUAUAGAAUCAUGAAGUCUUAAAUGAAGCUGUACACUCAACUGAGUAGUGUGUUUUAGAUAUUGUAAAUUUUAUUUUGCAAAUGACUUUGUAGUGAAUUUAUUUUCUUUUUUUUUUU